GCAUUGAAAAGACUACUAAUAGCAAAAAUAUUAACAGCUUGUCACCUUUUCUUUAUAAUGGAAAAAUUAAUAAGUCUGAGUCAGAUAAAACUGAAAAAGAAGAAUACAAGACAGGUAUAAAAACUAUUGCAAAUAAUUCUGAUAUAUAUGGAUGCAUUCACAAUCAGGUCACAGUUUUUAUAGACAACUGGGUAGCUCAAGAAUUGUAG